AUGCCUUCCAGUCCUCAGAUGGGAACCUUCUACGUGCUGCCCAAAAUCCACAAGCAAGGAAACCCAGGACGGCCCAUUAUAACCGGUAUGGCAAUACUCACGGAACAAAUAUCUGGCCUAAUAGAAAACAUUCUUAAGCCCCUAGUUAGACUGAGAGCUUUAUACAGAACACUACAGAUUUCCUCAAUAAACUUAACCAGAUAAAUGAACUACCUGAAAACAAAAUACUAGUAACAAUGGAUGUGAAAUCCUUAUACAGUAACAUCCCACAUAAGGAUGGUAUUGAGGCCUGCAUUAAAUUUCUAUCAUCCUAGAAACCAACACACAAAUAUGAUAUUGCAGUUAUUGCCCAGCUUAUAGAAUUCAUACUCACACACAACUAUUUCAGUUUUAAUAACAAUAGCUACCUACCAAUGACAGGGACAGCGAUGGGCACAAAAAUGUCACCCCAAUACGCUAAUCUUUUCAUGGCUGACCUAGAAAACAGAUUUUUAUGUACACAGCCCCACAGACCAUACACUUAUUAUCGUUACAUUGAUGAUUUUUUUCAUAAUAUGGACUGAAGGAGAAGAAAUCCUUAUAGACUUCCAGAAAUCAUUAAAUUCCCUCAACCUGUCAAUAAACCUUAAAAUUAACUUUUCAAAUCAUAGUGUGCAUUUCUGUCACGAUCUCCAUCGAGACAUGUGUGCUUAUCUUCCUAGUGAUUUGAACUCUGGACUCUUGCCGUUUUGGUCCUGCUCUCUUUCUUCUGAGCCACUCAUUUACUCAUGGUGUUUGCCCAUGUUCAGCCUUGCCUUAUCUCCAGCACUGGGGGCUGAACUUUUCUCAUGGCUGUUCAUGUCUAUCUAGCCCACCUGAAGCAGAUGCUAAUCAGCUUGGUAUUUAAGCACUGCCUCACCCUGCGAACUUUGUCAGUUCAUUGUAUCCUGACUACUGUUGUUCCUGACUGACUUGGUUUUUUACUCCUGUUUCUGUAUAUUCACUAUUGCCUGUUCGCUGCCUGCCCUGACCUUUGGAAACUCGCCUGACUACUCUACUGGAUUUGCCCUUGUCUGUUUCCUCGUACCUGGUUAUUGUUACUGCACAGCCCCCGUGCACAGAUUCACAGACCAGGUGAAUUCUUACCUGACCACCUCAGUCUGUGUCUAUUUGCAAGGGUGAGCACAUAUCUUUGCACUUCAGACUCCAACCAAGGUAAGACCAUUACAUAAUGAACUGACCAAUAUGGAGUCUGCAGAGAUGUGCACCCUGCUUUCCCAGCAAGUGUUCAGUCUGGCCCAGACUGUUGCGGAGCUGCAGCGAGAAGUUCUAUUCCUUAAAGGCACAGUAUGCCCAGCCCCGGAACCUACUUAUCCUGAGCCAUACGUUGUUAUGCCUGAGAGGUUCGACGGUAGCCGUGCAUCCUUUCUGUGCUUUAAGGUGGAUUGGGAAAAUGUAUUUGCCUUAAAGCCUCGCACAUAUGCCAGUGACUCUAUCAUGGUCCGUGCGGCUAUUAACCUGCUGUCCGGAAGGAUCAAGACAUGGGCACACCACAUGCUGCAGUCUAAGAGUCCUAUCCUCGACAGUUGGGCAUCCUUCAUGACUGCAAUGGACUCGCAGUGCAAGAACACUGUGGUCAAACCUGCUCCACAUCCCAGAAGAUCCCAGGUUCCCAGAAAUAAGGAGACCCUGUACCAACGUCAGGUCUCCUUGUUGCCUCCUUAUGGUCCAGUCCCGAGGGAGACUCCAGAGGAAAAAAAGGAGCCCAUAGAGAUCGGCUUCAUCCAUACUAGACUGUCGUCUAGAGAAAGAGACAGAAGGAGAGCUUGUGGCCUUUGUUUCUAUUGUGGAGAAAGAGGGCACUUUAUCUCUCGCUGCUCUAUUCGCCCGCCUCAGCCUAAGCCUCUUCGAGUAGGUAUCAUUCAGCUUCACCCUGUCAUCCCUACAUUUCCACGUUCAGUGACACAGAAGAGUAUCCCGACUGCGAAGGCUAAUGAUCCCAGUGUUUCCCUAGAACACACAGCCAGUCAUCCCUCAGAUGAUGAUUUACUAAGUUCUCAUGAUUUUGAUGGAGAAUCUGUAGAGAUGCACUAUAAUGCUUCGCCCUCAGAAGGCAUUGGUUCAGAGGAUGAAGCUAUCAGUGAAUGUCCAGAACUUAUGACUACUACUCCUAUCAUCCAAUCCACAGAAAAACUGAACAUGGCAAAACAUCCAUUUGGUACCCCUGGAAUUGUAAAAGCCAGUGAUAGCACUAUCAUGCAGAUUAAAGAACUUUGCCUUUAUGAAAGUUAUCUGGAUGCUAUGAGGUAUGUGGAGGCUAACCCUCCUGAAGACACCGCCAAUCAAGUUUCUACGUGCUCUUGCUCACAACCAUUACCUACCGGGGAAAAACCUAUGGUUUCACGAGUUGUCAAGUAUGGCUUAAUAAAGAGAAAUAAUGACCCCAUCCUUACACUAGGGAUGGGAGAGAAAUACCAAACCGUCAAAGUCUCAUCUAAGCCUAAGAAAAAGAGGAGAUAA